AUGGAUACCUAUCGAAGAGCUGAAAUUAUAGCAUCUCAUCCAGUUGCUACCGCCAAAUAUUUUCAUACAUUAAUUACCAAUAUCUUAGAUACUAUGAUCAUGGGUGGUGUUAUCGGACCAGUAAAAGCUUAUUUUGGCACUGUCGAAAGUCAACGCCGAGGUUCACUUCAUCUGCAUCUUCUUAUUUGGCUUGAUCAUGAUUUGAAACCGGCUGAUAUGAAAGAAAAAAUUCAAGGUGCAACUUUUCGCGAUAAGUUAAUAGCUUACUUAGAAGAUAUUAUCAAAGAAGAUUUAGGCGAAUUCAAAGAUAUACAAGUCAUUGAAUCGCCGAAUGGUAUAAGAUAA